AUGCACGACAGGACCCGAACGUUGUUACGGAAUAUACUUGGCCUAGAUUCGAGUAAGCUAGAUGUCCCGUAUUCUAUAGAAUUGGCGAACGGAAAAUUAGUCGAAGUGGAUGAGGUUAUUAAGGGUUGUACACUCGAGCUUGGGGAGCGAAAAUUUUCUAUCGACCUUUUACCCGUUGGGUUGGGUAGUUUUGACGUAGUUGUCGGAAUGGAUUGGUUGUCCGACAACCGGGCGGAAGUAGUUUGUCAUGAGAAAACUAUCCGCAUCCCACUGUCAAAUGAAGAAACGCUUGUAAUUCAUGGGGAGAAGCUUGAGACACCCCUACGAAUCAUUACGUGUAUGAAGGCGCAAAAGUGUCUCCGAAAAGGCUGUAUAGCUUUCCUCGCCCACGUAGUCGACAAGGAAACCAAAGAGCUGAAGCUAGAAGACAUCCCUGUCGUGAAAGAAUUUCCAGAAGUCUUUCAAGAAGACUUACCUGGACUGCCUCCACAGCGCCAAGUGGAGUUUCGAAUUGAUUUGUUGCCAGGAGCGGCACCAGUGGCGAAAUCACCAUAUCGGUUAGCUCCGUCAGAAAUGCAGGAGUUAUCUACUCAACUGCAAGAAUUCAACCACAUUGUUAAAUGCUGUAUUAGAGUGAUAUGGACAAAGGAAGUUGAGCAACUUACAAGGCAGUUGCUUUCUAACCCUUCCAAAAUACUAUCACUUUGA